AUGUCUGUCGAUUUGGAAAUUAAACCAAAUGAGAAUGAAAAUGACAAACACAAUAUUUCAAAUAGAUUUUUUUCUAAUGUCGAAAUUGAUUUAGAAAAUUUUGUUCUCGCUUGUCGAAGUUGUUCUAGAUUCUAUUCAACGUAUUCAAAUUUAUACCCAACAAUAGAACAAGAAGAGGAACAUUCUGAAUGUAUAAAAAACAGUUUUUUAUCUCAAUUGUCAUUAUCUGACUUUAAUACGGUUGGAUGUUUUCUUGAUGAAUUUUAUAACUCGAUUGAUCAAUCUAAAACACAAAUAAUUUCGACGUCUACUCUGUUGUUAAUAAUUAAUUAUCUAAAACAGACAUAUGAAAUAACAUUUAGUUGUUUUCAACAGUUAAAUUUAUUAAAAUAUGAAAUUAAAUAUUUUGUUGACUAUACAUUCAAUGAUUAUUUAUUUUUAUUAGAAAAAUUAGAUAAUUAUUUUUGUAUAAUUAGUAAAAUCCUAAUUAAUUUAAAAUCUAUUAUUAAUGAAAAGUUUUUACAAGAACAACGAAAUGACUAUUCGCUUGUUAUUAUUAUUUUUACAUUACAAUACAAUAUUCAUAAAAUUUUACCAAUAAAUCAUCAAUCAUUAAUGAAUGAUACAACAUAUUAUAUCAAUCGUUUAAUUCAAAUUAUAGUUAGUGAUGUUGUACAAAGAUUACGAGAAUAUUUUGUUAAACAAUUAUAUGUUUUAUCAACGUAUAUUCAAGAUAAUAAUGAUAAUGAAAUAUUACCACCAAGUUCUUUAUAUUCAUUACCAAUUACUACAUGCAAUAUAACAAUACGUUUAACAGAUUUAACUUGGAAUGAUUAUAAAACCAACGUGAGUCUCAUCGAUUCAACAAAUACAACAACAAAUGCAUCACUAUUACAAUUAAAUAAAAUUAAUUUUCGAACAGAAUCAACAAUAAAAUCAUCAUCAUUUCAUUUUAAUAUAGAUGAAUUUUUCUCAAACUUAUUAGAACUUAUCAAUUAUGUUAUUUGUAAACAUUUCAAAACUUUAACAGAUAUAUGUGUAUUAUUGCAAGAUGAAUACAAUAUCCAUAUUGACGUUAACAAGUGUCAUGUAUAUUACUGGAAACAAAUACAAACACAAUUAUUAUCAACUUUUAUUUCUAUUUGGCUAAUUAAUGAUGAUAAUUCUCUUGAUCCCUUAUUUAGUGAAUUGUUGUAUAAUAUUUUACUAAAUUUAAAAGAUAUUCGAAAAUAUUUUAAUAUCAAAAAUUUAUCGGAUAAUGAAAUAUAUUAUGGAAAAAAACUCAUUUUAAUCGUGCAAAAUUGUUUGAGUCAUUUAGUAUUUCAAGCAUUUAUACGUGAUUUUCAUUUAUAUUUUUCAAAAACUUUAACCGAUAUAAUUCAUACACGAUGGCAACCAAAAAGUUUUACCUACGAUAUUUUUAUUAGUCAAACUGGUCAUUAUUUAAAUCAGAUAUUUUUGAAUUUAUUGCAACAAUGUAUAAUAAUAAAAGAAUUGAAUGAAACGUCAGAUAAUUUAGAUAAAUAUUUAGAUCAAGAUGAUAUUGUAUCAUUACUUCAUAAUUUAUUGAUUCGUUUACAAAUGUCAUUUAAUUUAUUAAUAACAUAUUUGAAUCAAAAUGCAGAUGCCUAUGUUAAUAAUAAUAUUCUCGAACGUGCAUUAAUGAUCUGUGCUAGUGAUCAAAAAGAAAUUUCUAAAACACUGACCACAUUAUUUCAUGUUAUACAUGAGCUAUUAAAACAAUUACAAUGUCUUGACAAAUUUUCUAUACUAUUUGAUAAUCUGAAAAAAAUGAAGACAAAAUGUGAGACAAUAGCCGAAGUUGUUCUUUCAAAAUUAUUUCGUCGUAUUUAUCAUACUUCAAGUGAAUAUUUUCGUGUUGAACUUCCAGAACCGAUUGUAUGGAUAGCUCAUCAUACAUCAUCUUCAGCACGUAUCGAUUGUCCAUAUAUAACAGAUGGCUGUGAAAAGAUAUUAAAACCGUUUAUGUUACAUGUUGAAUAUUUAAGUGAAGAAUUAAAAAUUUCAAUAUAUGAAUGUUUAUUAGAAUCAUUUAUUCGUGCUUGGAUAGAUAAUUUAUUAUCGAAAAAGAUACGUUUUUUUGGUGAUGGUGUUAUAAUGUUACAAAAAGAUUUUGAAUAUGUUAAAGAGUUCAUUCUGACAAAUGUAUCUGAUCGACGUAUUGGACAAACAUUAUUAGAAACACCAGCAAUACAAGAAUUUGAUCAUAUUGUUGAAUUUUUGAAAUUUGGUGAUAAGUCGAGUUCUGUUGAUAUACCGAAUCGUCAACAAUGGCUUCAUGCGCGAAAAACUUCGCUAAAUAUCCUCUCGUGUGUUUAUAAUACAUUUUGUUGUCCAAAAAGCAGAAAUCGUGUUAUGUCAACAUAA